GCCCCCGAAAUUGUUUCUGUUAAACUGACCCCAACAACUUCACUUCAAUGGAGCGAGGAAAGAGCUGAAGUCUCUUCUUCAUCUGCUUCCGCCGGAAUCUACAAGCCUCGCCGUCGAAGGAUCCAUCGCUGUCGCCUGAAAAUGGAAACGCCUCCUCAGAUUCGGCUUAUCUUCGCCGUCUCCGUUUCCGCUCUCAUCGCCUUCCGAUCAUACAAGCGGAAGUCUCUCGACCUCUCCGGUGCACUCGCCGGAUUCAUCGUCAUGACCAUCCACUUCGCCGCCGGUUUAAGGUACGGAGCUCUUCUGCUCGUCUUCUUUCUUUCUUCGUCGAAGCUCACCAAGGUUGGAGAAGAGAAGAAACGACGCGUUGAUGCUGAUUUCAAGGAAGGUGGACAACGAAAUUGGGUACAGGUGAUGUGUAAUGGUGGGAUUGCAUCUGUUCUAGUUGGAAUUUUGUCAACAUUGACCGGAUGGCAGGAUAAGUGUUUAGACUCGAAAGAGUCUGCCAUUGCCACAGCUCUUAUUGGCGGGAUCAUUGGUCAUUAUGCUUGUACUAAUGGAGAUACUUGGUCCUCAGAGCUCGGUGUUCUUAGUGAUGCACAGCCUCGGCUAAUCACAACAUUGAAGCCGGUUAAGAAGGGCACAAAUGGUGGAGUUACGAAAGCCGGGCUUUUAGCUGCCAUAGCAGCAGGAAGCGUUGUCGGAUUAGCAUUCCUCAUAUUCGGUCUUUUCACCACAAGAUGCGAAAUCAAAGUGGCUCUCAAGCAACUCUUAGUCCUUCCGAUCUCAGCCCUUGCUGGAUUGUGUGGAAGCUUGAUAGAUUCCGUUCUUGGAGCAACGGUACAAUUCAGCGGCUUCUGUUCCGUUCGGAACAAGGUAAGGAUUAUGUCGACGGGGCCAACGGUGAGGAAGAUAUCAGGUUUGGAUAUUUUGGAUAACAAUGGCGUGAACUUCGUCUCAGUGCUCUUGACCUCCUUCCUCACUUCUCUUGCUUGUGUUUGCGUUUUCUGAAUCCUUCCCUUCUUGGAACUUGCCAGAGUUCAUAUGAACUCUUUGGAGUGGAUUCUUUCUUUAUAAAACCAUUCUGAUUUUAAUUUUCUCUAGUAACCGCAAAAUCAUAAAUAGUUAUUUACAAGUUAUAAGCGAA